AUGACAAACAGCAAGGCUCCAGAAUCCUUUGAGGAUGUUGCUGUUACUUUCUCAGCAGAGGAGAUGAAGAUGUUAACAAAACAAGAGAAGGAGCUUCAUAAGGAAGUGAUGUUAGAGAACUAUGAAACCUUAGUUUCAGUAGGCAAAACAAACCGAACCUUGACAGAAAGAGUAAGAAAGCAUAUUUAUGCCAUUAACCGUGAAGAUGAGACCAAUGCACUGGCAAAACAUGUGUUGGAUCAUGACUUUAGUCAUAAGUUUAGAUUCAUGGUGCUUGAGUUGGUUAAAAAUAGUAAUAGACUAGGAAACAUUAAAAAUUACACAGAGAAGGAAGAGAUAAAAUGGACAAUUAGGAUGCAGUCAGACAAAGGCAAUAGGGGCAGAGAAUGGAGCAUUUGCUGGAAUAAGCAGCCAUCACUUGGAGUAUCUCUAUUACAUUAUCCUACAGAGAACCUGCAGCACUCUAUUCAAACUCUGAAAAGCUCCAAUAAGCCUCCUUUUAUACCUGUAGCACAGCUUCAUUCAGGAUACACCUGUAAGAUGAACUUUGAAUGUGACCAAAGUUCUAUAGUACAGCAGAUUCCAUUAGUACAUCUGAGAGCUCACAAAGAAAAGAAGCCAUAUAAAUGUCCUGAGUGCAAUAAGUGUUUCAAGCAAAGGACUCCUCUAGUACAACUUAAAAUGACUCACAGUGGUGAGAGACCAUAUAAAUGUACUGAAUGUAAUAAGUGUUUCAGACAAAAGACUGCUCUAAUACAACAUGAAAGGACUCACACUGGGGCCAGACCAUAUAAAUGUCCUGAAUGCAGUAAGUGUUUCAGACAAAGUAGUGCUCUGGUACAGCAUGAAAGGACACACAUGGGGGUGAGACCAUAUAAAUGUCCUGAAUGCAAUAAGUGUUUCAGACAAAUCAGUACUCUAGUAAAACAUGAAAGGACUCACAUGGGGGGGGAGAGAGAGAGACCAUAUACAUGUCCUGAAUGCAGUAAGGGUUUCACAACAGCUAGUCACCUUAGAAAUCAUCUAUCAGUUCACAGUGGGGAGAAACCAUAUAAAUGUCCUGAAUGCAAUAAGUGUUUCAGACAAAGGGGGUCUCUAGUAAUACAUGAAAGGACUCACAUGGGGGAGAGACCAUAUAAAUGUCUUGAAUGCAGUAAGUGUUUCAGACAAAAGACUGCUCUAGUACAACAUGAAAGGACUCACACGGGGGCCAGACCAUAUAAAUGUCCUGAAUGCAGCAAGGGUUUCACAACAACUACUGCCCUUAGAAUUCAUUUGUCAGUUCACAGUGGGGAGAGACAGUAUAAAUGUUCUGAAUGCAGUAAGGGAUUUGCAACAAAUGGCAUCCUUAGAACUCAUCUGUCAGUUCACAGUGGGGAGAAACCAUAUAAAUGUCCUGAAUGCAAUAAGUGUUUCAGAUUAAGAUGGGCUCUAGUAAUACAUGAAAGGACUCACACUGGGGAGAGACCAUAUAAAUGUCCUGAAUGUAGCAAGGAUUUCACAACAAAUAGCAACCUUAGAACUCAUCUGUCAGUUCACAGUGGGGAGAGACCAUAUAAAUGUCUUGAAUGCAGUAAGGGAUUCACAACAUCUAGCAACCUUAGAACUCAUCGAAUUCAUUUGUCAGUUCACAGUGGGGAGAGACCAUAUAAAUGUCCUGAAUGCAGUAAGGGAUUCACAACAAGUAGCAUCCUUAGAACUCAUCUGUCAGUUCACAGUGGGGAGAAACCAUAUAAAUGUCCAGAAUGCAAUAAGUGUUUCAGAUUAAGAUGGGAUCUAGUAAUACAUGAAAGGACUCACACCGGGGUGAGUCCUGAAUGUAGCAAGGAUUUCACAACAACUAGCAACCUUAGAACUCAUCUGUCAGUUCACAGUGGGGAGAAACCAUGUAAAGCUCCUGAAUGCAAUGUGUUUCAAAGGGGGGAUUUUGUAAUACAUGAAAGGACUCACAUGAAGGAGAGACCAUAG